CAAUAAUAUUAUCCCGUGUAAGAACUUCUACAGAUGACUGAUAGUCUGACCUACUUCAGCUUGAAUUAAGUGAAUUUGUAAACUUUGAGAACUUUAAAUAAUAAUGAAAAAGUUUUCUUUGAUUGUAGCCGUUUGUGAAAACGGUGGAAUUGGUAUCAAAGGUGAUUUGCCUUGGAAACUAAAACAAGAGCUCAAGCAUUUCUCUAGAAUUACAAAACGUAUAGCAAAUUCUAAUAAAAGAAACGCAAUCAUUAUGGGUCGUAAAACCUACUUUGGUGUUCCAGCAACGAAACGUCCUCUGCCGGAAAGACUAAAUAUAAUUUUAACACGCAAUCCAUGUUCUAAUGAUUAUCCUAGUGAAGUAGUAGUUUGUACCAGUAUGCAAGAAGCAUUGAGUAAACUUGGAGAGCCGCCAUUAGUGGACGAAAUAGAAAAUAUAUGGAUUGUAGGAGGUACCGCCGUGUAUAAAGAAGCUAUGUGUUCCCCACAAUGCCAUCGCAUUUAUUUAACAGAAAUUAAACAAAAAUUUGAAUGUGAUGCUUUCUUCCCAGAAAUAACCAAUGAUUUCAAGUUGGUAACGAAUGAUACCGAUAUCCCGACAGAAGUUCAAGAAGAAAAUGGUAUCAAAUAUCAGUACAAAAUAUACGAAAAGGUUUUAAGAUAA